AUAGGAUCGCAGUUCUCGGCUCGUGAAGUUAGCCUUACUGCACUUACGUAGAAACGUAGGAUGCUGCCUUUUAUUAUUAUCAUUAUUCUAGAUUCAGGGAUGAUCCUCCUCCUAAGUCGGAAGGGCUGCUGAGGUCAGAGAAAGACGCCAGCUGAGUUUGGGACGCAGCAGCGACAGCGAAGGCGUUUUUGCGCGGAAAGUGAAUGACGGCGCAAGUCGAGAGUUGACGCUUCUUUUGCACCAAUAAUAGCACCCUCUGCCCAAAAAGCCAGGUAGGGUACCUGGUGGGGGCUCCAUGAUGCGGGCCAGGGUUCCGCCGAGAUGGGUGCCGUUUCCUCCACGCACCCGGGACAGUCUCAGGUCUGCAAGAUGCGCCUGAUCUUGGACGAAGCGGCGACGGGAGCCUGGGUUUAAAGGGAUUCCCUGGAGCAAAGCAAAAGUCUUCCUGGGGAUGGCUGUGAAUCCGGAAGAUGACGACGUCCCCCUCAUUCUCACCUUGGAUGAGGGCAGAAGUCAGGGUCCCGAGCCGGAGGGGCUACCCAGCGAAAAUGGAGGCAACUAUGACUUGGUUAGUGACACGUCCAGCCCGGCCUCUGGGGACUGCCACCCUCGACGGAGCUGCGGAGGACGACAAAAUUGGGAAAUGAACUACCAGGAGUCGGCAAUUUACCUCCAGGAAGGAGAAAACAACGACAAAUUCUUCACGCACCCCAAGGAUGCCAAAGCGCUCUCUGCCUACCUCUUUGUACACAACCAUCCCUUCUACCUAAUGGAGCUGACCACAGCGUUGAUGCUCCUGAUGCUCUCCCUUUGUGAGGCGCCCGCGGUCCCUAUGCUUCGCCUCGGCAUCUAUGUCCAUGCGACCUUGGAGCUGCUUGCCCUGACCGUUGUGGUGUUUGAGCUCUCUAUGAAGAUGAGGUGGCUGGGCCUUCACACCUACAUUCGACACAAAAGGACCAUGGUCAAGAGCUGUGUUCUGUUGCUGCAGUUUAUAGAAGCAAUUGUGGUGUUGGUACGUCAGACAUCCCAUGUCCGGAUCACGAGAGCCUUGAGAUGCAUCUUUCUAGUGGAUUGCCGUUACUGUGGAGCUGUCAGAAGGAACCUACGGCAGAUUUUCCAGUCUCUUCCUCCGUUCAUUGACAUCCUCCUCCUGCUGCUUUUCUUCAUGGUCAUCUUUGCUAUCCUUGGCUUUUAUUUGUUCUCUCCUAACAAGUCUGAUCCUUAUUUCAGCACCUUAGAGAACAGCCUUGUGAAUCUUUUCGUUCUACUGACUACAGCGAAUUUCCCAGAUGUGAUGAUGCCCUCCUAUGCCAGAAGCUCCUGGUCCUGUGUCUUUUUUAUCGUGUAUCUUUCCAUUGAGCUGUACUUCAUUAUGAAUUUGCUACUCGCCGUUGUGUUUGAUACUUUCAAUGAUAUUGAAAAGAAGAAGUUCAGAUCCCUGCUGCUUCACAAACGCACAGCCAUACAACACGCCUACCAACUGCUCGUCAGCAAACAGAGACCCUCUGGAAUCUCCUUCAAGCAGUUUGAUGGGCUGAUGCGGUUUUAUAAACCUCGGAUGAGCGCUCGAGACCGUUACCUUACCUUCAAAGCACUGAAUCAAAGCAAUACCCCUUUCGUCAGUCUAAAGGAUAUGUACAAUUUCUAUGAAGUUGUUGGUUUAAAAUGGAAGGCUAAAAGGAACCGGGAACAUUGGUUUGAUGAUCUUCCACGGACAGCGUUCCUUAUUUUUAAAGGCAUUAAUAUACUUGUGAAUUCCCGGGCCUUCCAGUAUGCCAUGUAUACUCUGUUGGCAGUGAACGGCCUCUGGAUCUUAGUGGAAACCUUUAUGUUGCGAGACGGGAUCUUCUCGCGAGAUGUCCCUUGGAGUUACAUUGUCUUCCUUACAAUCUAUGGGGUUGAAGUGCUCCUGAAGAUCACUGGAUUGGGGCCUAUUGAAUACCUGUCGUCUGGCUGGAACCUCUUUGAUUUUUCUGUCACCUUGUUUGCAUUCCUGGGUCUCCUGGCACUGGCGUUAAACAUGGAGCCGUUCUACUUCAUUGUAGUCCUGCGGCCUCUGCAGUUAUUGAGGCUGUUUAAGCUGAAGAAACGCUACCGGAAUGUCUUGGAUACCAUGUUUGAGCUGUUCCCCAGAAUGGCCAGCCUAGGUUUGACAUUGCUCAUCUUCUAUUACUGUUUCGCCAUCAUUGGCAUGGAGUUCUUCUCAGGAAAGCUCUUCCCAAAUUGCUGCAACGCCAGCACAGUGGCAGAUUCCUAUCGCUGGGUCAACCACACCGUGGGAAACAGGACGGUGAUGGAAGAAGGCUACUACUAUCUCAACAACUUCGACAAUGUUUUGAACAGUUUUGUUACCCUGUUUGAGUUGACAGUCGUCAAUGACUGGUACAUCAUCAUGGAAGGGGUGACAUCAGAGACUUCGCACUGGAGCCGCCUCUAUUUCAUGAUUUUCUAUAUUGUGACCAUGGUGGUGAUGACAAUAAUUGUAGCCUUUAUAUUGGAGGCGUUCGUGUUCCGUAUGAACUAUAGCCGGAAGAACCAAGAUUCAGGAGAAGACAUGGGCAUUGUUUUCGAGAGAGAAGUCUCCAAGGAAGAACUGACAGCUGUCGCAGAGCUGUAUGGAAGGAACUGCAUUGCCUCGGCUGCCAGCCAGCUGCUCAAGGUCAUUUCCCAGAUGGACAGGCACAGGCAAACGUCCAUGCUGUUCCUGGGGCGGCGAUCAAGGACCAAAAGCGAUUUAAGCAUGAGAAUGUAUGAGGAAGAGAUACAGGAGUGGUAUGAAGAGCACUCCAGGAAAGAAGAAAGGCAGUUUCCCUGGCAGGAGGAUGACCUGCCGCUCCGUCAGCCCUCGCCGUUUCCAGGCCUCCGUCAGCGCUCUCAGACCAUUAUCUAAGCCCAGCUAACCUAAGCUGCUGCUUUGUCUGCUGUGCAUUAACCACCCCGUUUACUUACUUUGCAAAGUACGUCUCAAAUUAAUGCAUAGCGUAGCCUGGCAGAAGGAGGUCUCCUGGCGCUCUUGUGCAAGAGAGUUUCGGCUCUCCCUUUUGCAAAAGCUCAUCCCUGUACUAGGGCCUUUAAGGCAUAACCAGAGUACUGCAGGAUGGCUGGGCAUUAUGCAAGGGACGGGGGCUGGUUAACAGGGUAGCCACAGUGAAUACUUUUGGGAUUUGUCUAGUGUAAAGCAGCCAGGGGUUAAUUUGGCUACCUUUCCCCAGUACAGCUGGAUAAAAUAGUCAGCUGAAGUUAUACAAUCAGGCUGCUUUCCCCCCAGGCAUUCCAGCCUCCCAGAAGUGGGUGGCUGGCAUCAGCAGUUCCAUCAGCACAAAAAACAAAACACCACAAUUUACUGCCAGUUAGCCUGCCUGUAACUGUAGCUAGGCUGCCCAGUUUUCAGCAGGACUGUCCUUUUGAGGUUCAAGUUCUGUCCUCAUCAUCUCCAUAAUGGUUCAAUAAGCUGCUGUGGCUCUACAGCAUUUUCCCUUCUCCAACCAGGUUUGUUCCCUUGUUGGGCACAAGUCCUCUACUCUCAAACUGGCUGAAACCUGGAAACUGGUGAAUGAAGGAAUCCUACCACUGCAACUAGCAGAGGGCUGCUCGCCGUGGUGGAAGCAGCUCAGCCUGUGGGCAUCAUAUGUUAAAAGCAAUAACUUCGAAAGAAGGGAAACUGACCAGGGUGUAAUCCUGCAGUCACUGCACAGCAAGGUCCAGGUUGAUCCUCAUCACUUGCUGGAUUUUUUUUAAAAAACAAUAAUUAUCAGCUCCUUAUUAGCCGUUGGGUCUGUCUGACAGCUCUCCACCACACAAGCAAGAGGUAAAUAGAGAUGCAGCAGAAUAUUGUAUUAUUGUAAUAUUAACAUUUGACAACAUGUAAUGCUUGCCUCAAAUAUGACGGUACUGUAGCCCUCCCAAAUUCUUCCCCGGCUUAGAAUGUUACUCUGAGCUGGAGAAUAAUUCCAUGCCUCCCACCUACCUACCUAAACACUGUUGCUUAUAAACGGGGGGGCGGGGGGGGCGGGGGGAGGUUUUUCUCCCCAUGAACUGUUAUUAUUCCCUGCAGCACUGGGAAAUGGAGCUUUCCUUCUCCUCUUGACUGUAUGCCAUAGCAGCCCAUAAUGAAGGCAAAGGGAAAGAGACAGAAUUUCCUGCUGCGAGAUAAACAAGUGUGAAAGUGCUUUUAUUUGUCCAAUUUUAACCUUAGUAGGCUCAGAAUAAGCCAGGCUAUUUCCCCGGUGUUGGUUUUUUCCGGGGUGUGUGUAAGAAUAAGAGGGCUUAUUCAGAGCAAAUCUGUUUUACCGCUACAAGUGAGUAAAACAGCAGUGUUUUUGUUUGCAGAAUCCCAGCUGGCCCAAUCUGUCUCAAAAGACAGACGAGGAGCUUUCCCUAUGGUGGUCAGGGAAGGUGCUCCUUUGAGACAGGUUCUGUCGGCAGAGCAAACCAUUGGUCUUGCAGCACCUGCCUCUAGGCAGAUUCUAAAACCCCAAAUUGUGGCCUGCUCAGGGAAGCCACGCCUGUUUAACUCAGUUCCAGCCUUCCUUAAGGAGAGAGCGGGUAUGUGCAGCAGUAGUACCAAGUGCUAACUAAGAUGCGGGUGAGAGUUCUUUCACGCACUGCAGAAAACAUCGACCAGCAGUGAUUGCUGCCCCUGCCUUUUUUGUGUGUGUGCAUAUAACUUACUUGCUGAUGGAAAGCAAAUUCCGACCUCGUGAUGGUGAAAUUGAAGUUUUGUGCCCCUUCAUGUACCAGACCACUAACUAGCCCAAGGCUAGCCAGUGUGUCGGCCUCCAGAUGUUGGUGCGCUCCAUCAGCCCUGCAUGGCCAGAAAUGAUGGGAAAUGGAGUCCAUCCACAGAUGGAGGGUGCCAUGUUGGCUACCCCUUGAACUAGCCUAAGGUUCAAACCUGUGUGCAGCAUAUAUCUGGGCCAACAGCCGCCUCCACUGAUUAUAGACACUUGGGGCCGCUAUUCUUAAGAAGUGUUUUCCCCCUAACAGCCGAGUAGAGUUUCUGCUACUCUACAAAGCUGGAGUCUGAAGCUUUGAGGGAACACAAUUGCUCUCUGUAGAAUAUUGCUGUUGUGGUUUCAGAACCGAGACAUGCUUCCUGAGCUGUACUCCUAACUAACUGACCUGUCACUCAACUUGCACUGUAUAUGCCCCCCCCCCCCCAACGCCUUACCAGAAUAAGCUAGUGAUAAUUCCAGAAACUGCUUCUUGCAGGAUGGAAGGAAAAACAAACCUCAACAAGUAUCUUCUAACUUGUCUUUUCUCCUUGGCUCCCUCCCAACACUAAACUCCAAAGACAAUCACUUGCAACAACGUAACACGAUGGGAGGUUUUGUUCGCUGUGAGUUUGUAUGGCAACUGUAAUGAUGAUGUCUGAAACAGUGUUAUAGAGAUAUUUACAGGCACAUUUAAUAAACAUUUUAAAGCGUU